AUGGUGAACGUACCAAAACAGCGCAGAACCUACUGCAAAAAAUGCAAGGUCCACAAGGUACACAAAGUAUCACAGUACAAAAAAUCAAAAGAAAGGCAUGCUGCCCAGGGUAGGAGACGUUAUGACCGUAAACAACAAGGUUAUGGUGGUCAAUCCAAACCCAUCUUCAAAAAGAAGGCGAAAACUACUAAGAAAAUUGUACUUCGUCUUGAAUGUGCCGACUGCAAAGUGAGAUCCCAGGUAGCACUCAAGCGCUGCAAGCACUUCGAAUUGGGUGGAGACAAGAAGAGGAAGGGACAGAUGAUCCAAUUC